GACUCUGUUUGAGCCGUAAUGGCGUUAGUUUCCUAACCCUUGGUCAGCUUUUAAAACCCGAACGCUGCUUGAUCUCUCUGACAGCGAUGGCAGGCUUGCUUUUCCAGCGGGUAGCGGGGAUUUCCGGGGCCCUGGCGGUUUCUGCCGGAGCGUACGGAGCUCACGGGUUCAGGAGAAGUGACACAGACGAGUACAGGAAAGAGUUGUUUGAAACUGCCAACAAGUAUCACUUCCUGCACAGCCUGGCCCUGCUUGGAGUGCCACGCUGUCGCAAACCAAUGGUGGCCGGUGUGUUGCUCAGCUCAGGCAUGCUGAUGUUCUGCGGAUCGUUCUAUUACCACGCUCUGACUGGGGACCCCACCCUCAGCAAGGCCGCCCCCUGGGGGGGAACGCUGCUCAUUGCAGGCUGGGCGGCACUUGCUCUGUAACCUGCCUGCAUUGCAGCCGGCUCCAGAUACAUCUCCAAUAUUCAGAGAGGUGCAGAGGAGCUGGCUUCAAACAACAGACAUCAAAAAAUAAAAACCACCGUCUCUGAGAAAUUUCAAUAAGAAUCACACAGAAGGAUUGCAAACAUUGAUUGAAAUAGUUGCAAACACCCCUCAUUUUAAUUUUAACAGAUAUCAAGGUCAGGUAUCCCACAUGACAGUCUGUUAUAAACCACAACAAUCACAGCCAAAAUAGAAAAGAUUAUCUAAUUUGUUAUAUUUUUUUUAGAAUUAAAUAAGACUUUUGUUAAAAAGAGUUUAAAAAAGACUGACAUCAAGAACAUGUUUUGUUGUAAACGCAGUGCUGUCUUUCUGAAGUCUCCCCUCCCUGCUUCUGUGUCUUCACAGAUAUCAGUUUAAUGUCAUCCUCCGCUUAUAAUUUUGCAGUGUCCCAGCCAGAAAAUAUCAACGCUCUGUGAAUUCAUUCUUAUUUUGCCACGUGAGCCAAUCUAUGCUUCGUGUCACUGCAUUUUGAAGUGAUCUUAAAAGGUUCACAUUCCUGGCUGCUGCAUGUUUUUAGGAGCAAUCGUAUUAAAGUGAAUGAUCAGGAUUUGAGUUUGGUUCAAUUUGUACACAGCAGGCAAUGCCACCACACUAAAUUAGAACUUAUAACAUGUUGGGUAGCGGCUGCAGGUGUAUGUACAUAUUUAUACAAUGUGAUCACGCUAGCAUUGCCCUGUACAUUACAGAGAGGCUAUGCCCAGCACACAGCAGGCCUGUGCAAGUCUAGAUUAUAACUGCAUCUGUUCAGUCUAACUGUAUAUUAUUCAGUAAAUGGGUUGUCACACAAGCUGUGUAUAGCACAGCACACUGCAGGCAAUGCGAGCUGAAGACACAAUGCAAUCUCCAACCAAAACAUGUGAUGUGUGUUAAAAUCAUGUUUCUGAUUGUGAAAAUGGAGGAGUGUUUUACUCAGACGAAUCAGUUAAAGGCAAUGUUAAUGCACCUGAAUGUACUGUUUCAAUUGUUGAUUAAAAUGCAUUUGCUUUAA